AUGAAAGCCGGGAAUUCUGGCAGCAGAUCUCAAACGAUGAGGAUCUUCUCUUCGCCAACAGCGAUGCCAGUCUUUGAAGAACGCAAGUCGCGAUGGAUUUUGUAUCCCUCGUCUAGGUGCCGUCUGUGCUGGGACGCCCUUACCCUCAUCAUCCUGUUGCAGGACAUGCUUGUGAGCCCCCUCCAUGUCUUUGACGUGGAUGCUGUCCAGAGGAGGAUGCAAAACUCUUGGAUUCUGGCCUCCGAUGCUUUCUGGUCACUGGACAUGGUGCUGUCUUUCUUCACGGCGACGUAUGUAGACGGCGUGUUGGUCCAGGACCGUGUCGGCAUUGCGAAGGCCUACGCGAGGUCGUGGCUGCCUUUUGACCUCUGCAUCCUCAUCCCAGAUUGGCUAUCUGUUCUCCUCUCAGACCGCGGCUCAUUGCUUCACUUUCUAGGUCUCAUGCGACUCGUGCGCGCCGGACGCCUGCUUCGCCUUCUGCGCUUCCUUCGAUUACUCCGAAUUUUGAAGAUCAAGCAGGCGAUGCAAUCCUUUACGCUACGUGGGCUUCUAGGCGGUUCCUGGCACUUUGUCGUUGAUGUGGGCAAAUAUGUUGCCGGCAUGGUGUAUGGUCUGCAUUUGCUUGCAUGCUUCUGGUACUGGGUGGGAAAUGUGCCGGAUGGCUGGGUGCAAGAGCACGAGAUGAGUGGACAGUCCUUGCCAUCGAUGUAUUUCGCAUCGUUGACUUUAUCAUUGUCAAGGCUCCCAGCAUCAUCGAUGAGAUGGAACAUGACCCUCGAGACAGAUGGUGAACGAACGUUGGCCAUCGUAGCGACCUUCCUGGCAUUGGGACUCUCAUCGGUGUGCAUCAGCAAAGUCACGAACGUGAUGGCACGGUUGCAGAGUAUCAGGCACCAAAAGAAUCAGAUUAUUCGAUCCUUGCGGGAAUAUUGUGCAUCCCACGGGGUCGAUGCAUCACAUGUCCUGAGUAUGAAGAAGUACGCGGAGCGUGAACUUGCGCGGAAGGCUGCUAAUGAGGCCCAUACCACCUUGUUGGAGACGUUUUCCAGUAGUAUGCUGAAGACUCUUCUCCACCAGGCGCGCAAGUCUUUCUUGUGCUGCCACAAGGAGUUUGCAAGCUGGUGUGAGAAGUCGGAGAUCUUGGAGUACAGUAUAUGCGGCAAGGCCAUGACAGAAAAGUACGUAAUGCGUCACGACUGCAUCUUCAUGCCAUCAGAUCGCGCGGAAGGCAUGUAUUUGAUGGCCACGGCUGAGUGCUCCUAUGAAUUCGACAGCCUUCCCAUCAUGCCCCGGUUUGGAACGAAGCCAGAAUCCACUUCUGCGACGAGGUGUUGCUUGUGGCGUUUCUUCAGUCAGCCGAUAGCUGAGAUCGAGGAGAAUCUCACCCUUCUUGGAGCAGGGGACUACAUCAGCGAGCAUGCGCUGUGGAUUGCAGGUUGGAGCCACCGCGGGAGGCUGCAGGCAACUGCUGACGGCUGGGUGUUGGUUUUGCCAACUUGCAGCCUCAUGGAGACGUUAAAGGAGCACCCCGGCAUCGUCGAGUGCGUCGUCAGCUUUGCCAGGAGGUAUGCUGCGCAGGUGAAUAUCCUAGCGGAGAUUGACGAAGACAAGCUGUCAGAUCUUCCUUUGUGCACGCAGUCGGAGAAAACAGGCUCGCGGAGCACACGUUCUGGCGGCAGGCUGCGGCCGCCCCGGAGGUCGGUGCUUCCCGAGCCUCUCUCGCAGUGA